AUCAUUCGCAAAUCAUAAUGAAUACGUGGACAUUCAAUGUACAAACAACAAAAGGUCAGGUAGUUAAAAUCACUUGCUAAUAAAAUAUGAUGGACUUUAAGAGACAAGUUGCAGAACAGGAAAUUAAUAUUCCUUUUGACCAUUUAAUUAUUGUGGAUGAUAAUGAUUAAGUUUAUAGCUAAACCAUUUUAGCUCAUCAUUAUUAAAAUAAAACAUUAUUUAGGGUUUUUGAUUCAAACUCCCUAUUUAAGUAACUUCAAUUUCUCCAAUAGGAGGUUGAAAAAUUGAAAUGUUAAAGAAAUUAGGCAAUUGAUGAGAUACAAAGUUUAAAUUAAUAGAAUUAAAUAUUAGAGGAAGAGAAGAAAUAAUAAUUUUAAUAAAUUUAAUCGUAAUAUUAGAAUAAUAUGAAUUUUUAAAAUGAGAAAGAAAGUCAAUCCCAACAAAUGUAAUAGUAUAUACAGAGUUUGGAAAAUUAAUUACAAUAAACAUAAUAAUAGGCUUACAAUGAUAAACUAAAAUUAGAAAAAUAGAUUCAGGAAAUAAUUAACUAAUUAACUCAUUUAAAAAAGGAUAAUGACAAUCUGAAUUAAAAAAUAAAAAGCAUUUAGGAUGAAAAAUUAGAAUAAGAGAAAAAAUAUUAAGAAGCUUUAUCAUAAUAUUCAUAAUAAGCUUAAUAAGAUGCUUAUACCUAUUAGGCUUAGAUAUAACAAUUAUCAAAUUAAUUAAACGAAGUCUGUUAAUAAAAUCAAUAAUAUCAAUUAUAUAUUUCGUAAGUUUAAUAAUAUAUGCAAUAAUAAGCUAUUAAAGCCUAAGAAUUAGUGGAUUAGGUUGCAGAAGAUGCUCAAGAGAUGGAGAAGUUAAAGACUGAAAAUAAAAAAUAAAAAUAAUAAUAAUAAGCGUUGGUAAAGGAACAUGAUUAAAUAUAAUUGGAAAAAGAUAAUUAAAUUCAAUAGCUAUAAGAUGAGCUGCGCUCUGUAAAAAGACAAGCUGGGAAUAAAUGA